GCUGAUCUAAAAAUAGUGCAGGUCCUAACAGAUAGACUGCUAACUAUUCUGAGUAGGCUACUUGCUCUCUCAGUCAACCUCAAAAGAACCAUAAACGUCCAGGAGCAUAUUCUCUCCAUAGAAUCAACAAAGAACCAACAAGAUGGCCAUGUUACCAAAAAACCUUCCCAGACCAGAGGAGUGGUAUGUAUUGCUAAGAAGCAGUUUUCUAAUUUGACAGACUAGGUUUACACACUAGCACUGUAAAAUGAAGUUUCCAGUUCUCUUACCCCAUGUGCUUUUAGUCAGUUGGUAGAUCCCGUGUAAAUUGGGCAUAUAAUAAAAUGGUAUUUAGUGAUUAGUCUGUUAACAAAUGCAAUAUAACAAGAUUUUCAUGAUGUUUUCAACAAUAGUCAAGGAGCACAGACUCUAUGGUAUGACAAGAAGAAAUAUGUCGUCAUUAACUUCAUGGUGCAAAACCCCAAGGAUGUUGAGGUUGAUAUUCAGGAUACUUAUAUAGUUUUAAGGUGAGUUUGAUCAAUUUGUAACCCUAAAGUGUGUGAUCUAGCAAGUUGUGUUAGUCUAAAUAGUGUCUAAAUAGUGUGUGUGUGUGUGUGUGAAUGUGUGAAUGUGCAUGUGUAUGAUUUCAUAAACAGGCCUGUGUUAUCACUCUAUAAUGAUUGCUCUUACAAAUAGUAUAUGUUAUUAUUGCAAAAUGUUGCGUUAUAGCCUACGUUUAAUGACAUUGUAUGUCUCUGUGGAUUUGUGUCUAUGACAGUUGCAAAGACGUUGAUGACAACAACAUGUACAAUCACAUUUACUUUUACGACAAAGUAAUGAAAUUCGUAAGUAUCAACAUUUUCUUUCUCAUAUCAAAGUUAAUUAGCUUCUCACAACUAACAUAGAAAACAGUAUGCUUCAAUAUUCAGCACAGUAAUGUAUUAAAAACCGGAUACAAGUUACAGAGCAUUAUGGAUACUGAGGUACAUCAUUGUGUAUUUCUCUAACAGGACUCCCAAGUGAAAGUCUAUGAUCGCAGUAUCCACAUCUUGAUCAGGAAGGUUAAAGAAAAUGUUGCAUGGCCUCGUCUUCAGAAAGAUGCCAAUCUCAAGGUACUGGAACAUUUGGUCUUCCGCUGAGAAUAGUUAAGAGCAAUGUAAGGGUGGACUAAUGCUUCAUGUGUUAAAGGUAGACUCAGCAAUAUGACAUCAUCAUAAAGGAUUUGUGCCCUCCCUUGGGGCAUGCUCACACUGGAAAGAGCCAAUAGUCUUGGCUGAUUUAAAUUAUGUUAUUGUUUACUUCUGAAAGCAGAAAGUCACCAUGCUAUGCUAUAAUGCCGUCAUAUUACAGAGUCUACCUGAUAGAAUGUCUAUCAACAUGUUCUCUCUCUCUACCGUCAUUAUUCUGUCCCUUGUAGCCAAAUUGGAUGGGUGUAGACUUCGAAAACUGGAGAGACUGGGCGAACGAAGAGGAUGAGGGAAUGGCGGAGUACGAACAAUAUGUGGAUGUAAGUGUAACUCUGCCAAAUGGGCUUAUGUCUAUGUUUGAAGGUUUGCACAUCUUACAGAGUGUGGCUUUAAUUCAUGGUUUUCCAUUUUAGAUGAUUCAGGAUAUAGGGAACAAGAAAGGAGGGCCACCUGCGAUGGAUGAUCUUGAUGAUCUGGUUAGUACAGCAAGAAUCUACCUAGAACUCACCUAAAAGCUUUUUCCAACAGUCAUUAUUAGGGGCAUAUUUAUUAGCCUACCUCUCACUUGUCUUUGUCAGCAAGUAAAGCGAGUUGAUAAAAAGAGUUUGAUCUUUUCACAGAGUGAUUGAACAUUUCUGAAGAGAGCCUUUCUCUGCGUUGGACGUGGAUUGACUCAUCAAAGCCAUGUUGAUGGAUUUGAUGUAUUUCGCAAUGAUGGUUUGCUAUGAAUGUGAUGCGAAUUAAUGCUGUGAAUUGCUAAAUGUGUUUUCACUGGUGAUGUUUUCUGUGUAAUUGAAAUUUUUCUAUUGAAUGUGUUAUUUAUUAAAUCAACUGAAGCAUGGGCGUCAUGCACCCCAAAAAUCUGAGGGGGCACAAAGUACAUGAGGAUGGCUGGGGGGUGGUGGCCAUAAGUUGGAGAAUUGUGCAUUUUUCCUGCAAUCUAGAGCCAUAAUCAUUAUGUUUAAUUAAAUGUCAAACUAUGUCAAAUUUUCUGCAUAUCUAGGCAUACCUCUUGAGCUGUCUGUAUCCUCCUGACUGGUGGUUAUUGUUUUAAAGAAACGAAAUAUGCUUCUCUGCAUCUCUGCUAAAAUC